AAAAUAUCAAAACAAAAUGAAAUACAAUCUAAACAGAUGGCAUAAAAUUACGAAUAUCAUUCAAUAUUGAAAAAAAAUUUCUGAGUUAUUGAAUAUAGUCGACGCCACAUAAAUUCUAUUAAAUAUAAUUCUAAAUAGUGAGGAGCAGUGCCACACUGACGUUUAUUUCUCCAUUUAGCACUGCCCUGUAAUUGCUCUAUAGUUUUGGCAUCAAUUUCUACAAAAUUAUAUUUGUAGAAAUUGAUGCCAAAACUUUGUGAUUCGCGGUAAAAUGUUCAUAGACAGCAUUUCUUAGUUCUUCUGAAAAAGUAAUGCUGCCAUCCGCAAUGUUUUCUUGAAUGGAGUCAUCAAUGUCAUAGCACAAGGAUCAGGAAUGGUGACUAGAAAACAUGCUUUGCUUUCCUGAAAUGAACCCCUGAAUAUGUAUUGUUCUAGAAGAAUGCGUCCAGCAAUGUUUUUCCUUAUUGUAAAAAGACUCGUCUGUUUCUACGAUUUUGUUGGUUCCACGGAUUUUAAUUCUUUUACGAGACAUCAAACUAUUUGCACAUACCACCUUGUAGUUAUUCUAAUCUACUGUCGUAUUAUGGCUCAUUUCUAAUUGAAGUUCACAAAAUUCAGUCGAUGUCAGUUCUUGACCUUGACACCACAGACAGAUGAAAUGAAUGACAUUGAGGAAAGUAAGACACGAGCCUUCAAACCAUGUUUUCGUUCUCGAUCCUUUUUUUUUUACAGCAAGAACAUAUAUCUUAAGCCAUGAUAUUUUAAAUUUAAAUAAAAAAUAUUUAAAAUAACUAGCAACGAUAUUUCAGAAGAAAAAUAGAAUUCUCAAACCAUGAUAUUUCAAAUGUUAAAUUCUCGAGCCAAGAUAUUUGCCGUGGUUAUUGGCACAUUUUAAACUAAUGCCACUCUAAUGGAAUUGUACCCAAAAUUUUUCAUAUUCCACUUUCUCAUAAUACUUACAUACAUAAAUUUUUGAAAUCGAGUACAAUGAGCAAUGUCAUUGGAUGAAAUAAACAGUGAACUUUAAAUAAAUAUUUGAAGAUUCUGGAUUCUUUUUGUUGCAGUUUUGUUUGGAAAAGAUUUUUGCUAUUAUUUAGAAGGUAUAAAAAAAGAAUUUUGGGCUACAGUACAUGAAUGAAGGGUUAGUUGCAUUAAAUUAUUCAUUUCCAUCAUAAGAAUGAUAUGUAUCUUGUGUAGUAAAUAGACAGUUUUUUUUUUUUUUUUUAAUCAGUUUUUUUUUUUUUUUUUUUUUAAAGCAGUAGCUUAGUGAGGAGGAGAAAAUCUAUCUCUGGGUGCACAUCCAAUUGCACCAAAUUGUUGUUGCAAAAUUUAAAAAUGAAAUACUGUCCAUUUUUGGCAAACAACAAGGGACAUAAAAUUUUGAUUUGUCCCUGGGUGCUGAAAAGCUAGCUACAGCUUUGUAAGAAAAGAAAGGACAAAGUAUUUUACUAACUCUUUACUGCUACUGAAAUUUUCUCAGACUGAAUUGGAAGCUUGGGUAAAAAUUUACAAUUGGGUGCUCCUUGUUUUUUGGCGAUUCUCUUUUGACACCAAGAUCGGCGCCAGGAAGGCACAAGUUCAAGAUGGCCGCUACACAAAACCAAAAUAAGAAAUCAAAGAAUUGCACAAACUUUGUGUCCAUGUACGCAUCGAUCUGUUUUCAUUUAAAAAAAAAAAAUCCUAGAAUUGCACACUGUCUUAAAUUUGCCCAUGUACGCAUCAAUCUAUUUUCAUUUCAAUAAAAUCAGGAAGUUAAAACUAUCAUGGUAACCAGAAAUGAGGUUUCAUCGCCGAAAUUUCAAAAAAAUUGUCACUAAUAGAAGGGGCACCCAGUUCUACACUAGAGCCGAAGUUUGUUUUACUUUCAUCUUACAAUUCAGCAGAACAGUGGCUACUCCACCAUGAAUUCGUUCUGUUAAGUAAAUACAAGACUAUGGAUCCAUCCCAAAUGCAAAUGCUUCUAACAUGUUUUGGUAUGUGGAUGAACAUCCAGCAACAAAAAAUACAAGUUUCUUUACUACAGAAAAAGCUCAAUGACAUUUUAGUAGUCUAUAUGAAAAGAAGAAAAUGCCACCUUAUGCAAAUGGUGGAUUACAACAUUAAAAAACUAAAACAAAUGAUAGAGUAUACACAUUCACCUCAGCAAUUUUAUGAAUUAUUUCAUGUGAGUUUGCCUGCAUUUUUGAGGAUGAGAGAUAUUCUUUAUAAGCAAGAUUUAGAACCCAGUGGAUGGAUACCAGAAAUAGAACUUCUUUUAUUUCUUUUUUGGUUGUCCAGUGGAUCAUCAUUCAGGAAAACUUCUUCAUUUUGUGGCAUUUCUGUACCAUCCCUUAACAAAAUAUUUCAAGAUAUAUUUAAUAAAUUUCUUGCAAAUUUAUCCAAUGUUAUUCAAUUUCAAAAGACAGACACAGAGUAUCUAUGUGCAGGCUUUCAGAAACUGACAUCAUGUCAUAUUUUUGGACUUGUUAUGGGCUGUUUGGAUACAUAUCAUGUUCCAAUAAAUCUUAAAAGUAAGGACAAACAUUACAUUAAUAACACACAGAACACAUCAAUUCAGGUUCAAGUUGUGUGUGAUUAUAAUGGAGCUUUUAUAGAUAUUGCAAUUGGUUUUCCUGGUGGCAUGUUGAAAUCUCAUGUGUUACAGUGUACUCCUUUGUAUUUGGAAGCUUUAAUGCCAGCCAAAGGAUUUGUUCUUCUAAGUGGCUCUGGUUUUCCUUGUUUACAACAACCCAUUUGUCUAAUACCACCCUUUAGUAAUGCUGAUGAUCCUGUUAAAGAAAGAUUUAAUUCCUGCCAACAGAAAGUUCAUUCAGUUAUCAAAAAAAAGUAUAGGUCAGAUGCAUGAAAGAUGGAAUAAGUUAUUUUCUAAACCAUUAAUUCUUAGUUUACCUCUUGUAACAAAAGUGGUUAUUGCUUGCUCUAUGAUUCAUAACAUAUGCAUAGAAAUGGAAGAUAUUUGGCCAAAAGAAGCUUUUGUUGAUUUUAAUGUUAAUGAGGAAGAUACAAACAUUUAUGAAGGCCAAAUUAGUGGUGAAAAUACGCAAAAACAGAUGGCAGUUUCUUUACUUUCUGAACAUGAAAUGCAGAAAAUUAUGAAUGAUUAUUCUGUGUAUGAAAUAUAAGUAUGUCAAAUUAUAGAAGCUUGAAUAAAAUUAUCCGAUAUAAUUUUUA